GACGCCUGGCGGCUGCGGCGAGGCAGCGCCGCGGGCCAGGAGGAGGCCCCCCCACGCGCGCAGGAGCCACAGCCACGGCGCGGUGCCAGCGGCCGCCCCAGCAGGCGACCAGCACCCGGACGACGCCCUGGGCCUCGCCGCCCGCAGCGACGACGGCCGGACGUUCGGCGAGCUGCUCACGGGAGG